GAAUCUACAGAUUGCCUGGACCUGGCUCUCACUUAUUCUCUUUGUAUACUCUGCACACAAUAAGGCCAUACAAUAAGGCCAUCAUGUAUACAUUUUUAUAAAUACCUUUUAACAAUCACUACUCCUGUAUUUAUCCUGCUCCUCACUACAAACCCUUUCCCACUCAUCUGAGUAGAAAGAUGAGACCAACAGGUGAUAUUCAGCAAGUGCAUACUGUGUGACAGUUAACCUACCUCCCCUAUUCAUCCUUCUUUCUGGCUCUCGGGCACAGUGUUUGCAGCAUUCCUGUCAUGCAGGAGCUUGCCUGAAACACACUCCACUCCCCCAACUCACAGUAGCUGCUGGAAGGUGGAGAAGAGGAGGGGUAGGAGGAAGGAGAGUUAGGUGACACAUGGGAAAACUGUGGCGGUUGGAGAGAAAGUGGACACAAAACUAUCACUCAUUGAGAUCCCAUUCUAGAAACAAGCUUUCAACCUUCGAGACAUGAAGAUGAUCAUUCUUGGAAUUUUGCAUUUUCUCCAGGUGUCUUCAUUCCUUAUAUUGAUUAGUGCCUCUGGACUUCCAGUGAUAGAAAUUAUCCCACAUCAUACAUUAACUUUACCACCCACAAACUUUACUGCUCUUGAUGAUCCCCAACUUAAUACUGUCUGCACUGAGCAAUGCAUAAUACAAGAAUCGCUACAGGAUCAAUUAGACCAAGGUCAACAGCUGGACUACGAGACCACAUAUUCCAAUGGCAGCCGUACACUAACUACAGUAGAGAUGAAAUUGCCAGUGAGUGACAUCAGAAUUGAAGAAGAUAGUUCCUAUUCUCUGCGUUCUCGGCGGCAAAUCUAUGGUCCAGAUGUAAGGUUCUCCAUCCGUAGUUGGAAAUAUUUGCAGGAUUUCCCUUUUGCUGCAGCAGUCUAUGUGUCAACGGGAUGUACUGGUGUGCUAGUGACUGAAAGGCAUGUCCUAACUGCAGCUCAUUGCAUCCAUGAUGGAAAAGAUUAUGUUCAGGGAGCACGCAGGCUGAAGGUUGGCUUUCUAAGACCAAGAGCAAAGCCAUCCCUACGUUGGGUGCGAGUCAAGUCCACAAGAGUUCCACGCAGAUGGAUUGGUGCACCUGCAGAACUCAGCAUGGAUUAUGAUUAUGCUCUUCUGGAACUACGGAGGCCACAAUCUCAGCCACACAUGUCUUUGGCAAUUUCUCCUCCUCUGCGGAAUUUGGCUGGGGGUAGAGUUCACUUCUCAGGUUUUGAUAAUGACCGUCCUGGGGAGCUUGUGUACCGCUCAUGUAGAGUGAAACAACAAACAGCUCACCUGCUUUAUCAGCACUGUGAUGCACAGCCCGGUGCUAGCGGCUCUGGGGUUUAUGGGCGGCUGUGGAAUAAAGGUCGCUGGGUGAGAAAGGUCAUUGGAAUCUUUUCAGGACACCAGUGGGUUGAAGUGUUUGGCCAACCAAGGGAAUACAAUGUGGCAGUCAGACUGACCCCCCCAAAAUAUGCACAGAUCUGCUACUGGAUCCAAAGCUCCAGCUGCAAAGAUGGAUGAGUGACACCAGCACGGGCGAACUGGAAUACAGCAUACAAUAGUACUUUGACUGCUACCCAUUAUGAUUGUUUCUCGUUGUUCUGCUAGACAAAAUAUAAGCUUUUAUCAAUGCACAAGAGGAAGCUCAAUAAUAACCUGAUCCAUUUCUUCCAGUUAGGAAUGCCAUAAAUACAUUUUGUAGCAACAUACAGGCUCAACCGCAGGACUUUGUUCCUUGCAAAUGUGCAUUACCAUUCUAUACAACAUGUUCAAGUUUAGGAUGAAAGUUCAAGUUGAAUUUCCCUGCCCUGCUUUCAAAACUGUACAAUAAUAUAGCUUUGUUAUGGUCAUUGUGGUCAAUGCUAGACAUGAUGGGCCAAGAGCUUAAUGACUACAAUAGGCCUUAUCAAGUGAAUGUAAAAAAAAUAAGCCUCUAAGAACUGGCAUGUGGGAGAUUGAAAGAUCUCGCCCACCAUAAAGUGCCUGAGGGCAAGUGAUGCACAGAACAGCAAAGCAUAAAGAUUGCAUCUACUUUGAAGGAGUUCCAGUUAUUUAUGAAAUGUAUUUUCAACUAUUAAAUGCAUUUAUAUAACUUUAAAAAGUAUUAUGGGAUAUAAGUGAAAAAAGUUGGUUGUAAUUGUCUGCCAGCUGGUAGCAAACCUAUUUCAUGUCGUUGAUCCUCUCAUUUGUUCAAUAGGAGACGUUUACAGUUAAAGGUUAAAAUCAUAAAUUACAGAACAAUGGACAACGACUGAAAGCAUUAAGAGAUUUGCAUUAAGCUGAAGCCUUAUUCUCCAGUGACUAAUCUCAAACUCAUAUUAAAUCAUAGGAAUUAGCAUCAGAUCAUUCAUUGUGAUCUGUGGGUCAAUUCAGUUAGAUUCUGUAUCUUGCACUUGGAGUGUGGGAUUAUUGUACCGUUUCUAUUCAUUUAGCAACAAGGGAUCACACAAAUUAAGUUACAGCCUGGAUACACUUUAUACGGUUUAUCUGUCUACAAAUCUAUCAUAAGUCAGAGGCAGAAGUGCAAGAAUGAAUCGGACUGCCAAGUUACCAUACAGAGCUAAGGCCUAAGACCCAGCUAAAUAAAGCUUUUAAAUGAGAUGUAAAAUUGUUGAGCUGUCAGUACCCACAUUAAUAAACUCAUUUGAGACAUUCCCUGCAUAUUAACUGUUUUCUAAGGGUAAUAGGGAGACUUACGGAGCUUUAAGCUUUAAAGCAGCCCCCAUAUCAUCGGUGUAUCUCCAUAGUCCUAAAAUGUUUUCAGACAUCCCCUUUUUAUGUAAUUUAAUUCACAAUCUACUCACAACCCAUCACUUCAGGGCCCCCUGUUCUCCCGGGUCUGCUAUUCAUAUAGUUACACCACUGCCCCAUAGACUUCAAUGACAAGCACAUCUUUACUUGUCAAACAGUAGUAGACUGGAAUAUGCAGUUAAAUUAUUACAUUAUAUCUGUUGCUGUGGUUUGUUAUGGGGAUUAUUUUAAGGUGAACUACCUUAAAGUAAGACCCUUUGUAAUUGUAUUCUAGGACAAUUUGUAACUGGUCAUCACUUUUUAUUUUUGUACAUCUUUCACAUCUUGACAUUUUAACUUCUAUCUGAUUGCUAGGGCUUUCUUACACUUGCAACCAAAUACCAGUUCUGAAGUCAGAAAUAAUCUCAGUAGAGGGUCUGACUAGAAAGAUAAGCAUACAAAGAUUACACUAAAAUUGAAGCCUUUGCAGACAAUCUUUUUGGUUGCCAUACAUAAUGAAACCAUAAGUAAUAAAAAGCAGCUUUAACAUACUAAAUCAAAGAUAUAGACACAUUUAAAAAAAAUGGGUAUAUUCUGGAGAAUGUGCUAGUUUCUGACUGUCUUUCUUCUGCCUGGCUCUUUUCACCACCCCCAGACUGUUGUGAUUUAAACUUGAAAUUCUGGUCCUCUGUCCAGCCUGAAUAAUCUUUUGUACUCAAUUGAAUGGUUUCUCAGCUCGUAUGUCUAUGGGCCCCACAUAUCACACAAAAAGUUCCUGAUAUAUAUAUGUCUUAUUUGGACCAAACAAUGCCUGUAUGAAGGAAGGUUAAAUACAAAUGCAAAUCAUUGCAUGCUGGGAUUUGCCUGAUUGAAUUGAUCCACGUAAUAAAAUUUUUAGGGUUAAACAGAUAAUUUCUGAAUGAUGGUAAGCAAACAAUAUUGUUUGUUACUCUGCCAUUAUAACACCUGCAAUUGUGUAACAUUCACUGGAAAUGGCAGUGCCAAUGAAAAUUACAGGGAUAAAUGUAUGACCCAAUAAAUUAUUGUGCAUUGUGCAUACUGUGCAUUUGGCUUCCUUCUCUAAAAACCUAUUUGUUUCUAUGUGGCUGUUUAAAACUGUGCCUAUAUUCAGGGUGUGUUCUAACUAAUGAUUAAUAUACAUAGGCACAGUUAGGUUUGUGUCCCUUUAAUGUGCUUAGAACAUGUCCAAAGCAUUAUGUCUUUAUGCUAUUCAAUAUCUGUUUUAAUAACAUUAAAGAGGUAGUUCAACUUUAA